GAGUGCGGCAACUUACCCAUGCACAGUCGACCGCGAGGUGUGCAGUUGUUACCUUUCAAUUACUACUCAACCACUGACCAUAAGCUAACUAAUAAGUAAUAACUUCACUACAUACUUAAGCCAAGUUUUAUACUUAAAAAUGUUUACUAAGUUGUUAUUAGGGUUAAUUUUGUGUUGGGGUGUGUGGAGUUUCCCGGACGGGGCUCCGAUCGACACGUGUGUAAAGAACCGUGCUAAUCAGCCCAAUCAUGGGCAACACAGGACUCAACCCUUGUCCAGUCUACCGUACAGGGUGCUCGCAUCGGCCCUGGUUUACGGCCCAAAUACUCCGGUUACAGUGACAAUAGAAGGAUCAGAGCCGUUCAAGGGAUUCUUCAUUCAAGCACGUUCAGUGGAGCACGACAACUGGAUAGGGGCGUGGGAACCGGCCCCGAAUACGACCAUACACCCAGAAUGUUCGUCCAUCACACACGGUGACCCUGAGUUCAAGACGCGGGCCACUCUGCUAUGGAGAGCGCCCCCUGAUGCACAUGGCAGGGUGUAUUUCACCGGCACUGUACUGAAGAACUACGGAACUUUCUGGUCCAACCUCAUCGCUGAAGCACCACAGGACCCAUCACAACUUCAGAUACUUGGAUGAAAGGAUUUUGAACUCAAAGCUUUUGAUUACAAUGUCGAAAUUGCUUUCAAAAGUGGUCGCUUUAAACUUAGGUUUACUAAUGUAAAUAAAACUAAACAUAAAUAAAUAGAUAAGUAUAUUAGAAAUGUAUUGAGUAACAUAAAUGCACAUUCAUUUCAUAUCAAGAUCAACCAAUUUGCCGAGCAUCUAGUUAUCACAAAUUAGCAAAACGUGUGCACGUAUCAUUAUCUGACAUCGUGUUAAAAUAUUAUUACAGUGUCAAAUGUCGUUACUGAUAAGCUCUAUAUGUAUAAAAAAAUAUGAAUCUCAUAUUUCUGUUAAGGUACGUUUUCACUGAGCGAAGAAUUGUUCUGAAGAUAUGUUAUAGCUGAGUAAUUGUUUUGUGAUAUAAAUAAUAUUCCUCUUAAGAUCACAUAUCAUCUUUUGUUCUAAAUAACCCCAUUAUUUUUAGUAAAUUAGACUGCAUAUUAAACCAUUCACAGUUAUUACUCAGCAGUUAUUCAAGAAACAGAGGUCUGUACUUACAGAAUUCACUAUCAAUGCAGUGACUCACAUUCAACUUGCAUUCUACAAUUUCCACAAGUCAUCUUUAUUCCCACAUUUGCCCAGUGAAAACAUACUUUAACACAAGUUCAUAGCACGUAUUAUCACAUUAGCAAGUUAAUAUAACGAUACUUCUUCAGCGGGAAAGAACUGAAUGAUAUGCAGUACUAAGUAACUUGUAUUGCAAUCCUCAGUUUAGUCAUUAAAGACCGGAUUGUUCGUUAUUUAUGACACAAGAUUAAUUAUUAUGUUAUAAUAAAAGAUGUAUUAUUCACUACAUAUUACGUAGGAUUAUAUAAUAAUAAAGGACGUCUGAAUUUUAAUUUCAAGUUCAAGAGAAUUACAUUAACAUAUUAUCUUAGUCUCCAUCACUCCAUAGUGCAUCUAAAAACUCUUUGACAAUUCAAACGUAUUUUAUAAACAACAAUUAUUUUAUGAACAUAAAGUAUAAAACGCAUAAUUUUGCAUAUAAUUACUAUUAUAACUUUACUGAGAUAACUAUUGUUGUGGAUACAAGUCAGUGUAUAUUUAUUAUAAUCUUGGAUAGAUAUAACCUAUAAGUUUAAGCAUUUGGCGCCACCCAUGGACAUGCGCAACACCAGUACCCUUAGUAUGAGUUUACUUUACGUUUAAAGUAAUCGAAACGAGAGCGUUUGGCGCUCUGAUUGGCCGGCUCGAAUAAACCAACCAAUCAGAGCGCCUAGGGUACAGUCCGUUAGUCCUUUCAAGUGCGUUACACUCUACAGCUUUAGGGGGACAUUGGACCUUCUGGGAUCGUUCAAUCCGGUCUUUAAUGCUAUUCCAUCAUACAAUAAAGCUAUACAAAGCGUUAGUAUGUGCUACAAUAUAAAAAUCCUCCUACAAUCUUACGCUCCCGUCUUCUGUUUCAUGACUGGUCUCUUUAUAUCCAUGAGGUCGCAGAGAUCGUUCCUUAUAGGUCUCAGUUCUGAUACCUCUCUUUCCCAGUCCGUUUCUGCGAGCACCGACAUUAUCUGUGGAAGAGGAAGUUGGGUAAAUAAUGAUUAGUUAUAG